AUUAUUUAAAAAAAAAAAUUAGAUUCAAAAUGGGAAACGGAAUCUACUGAACCCAUUUGUUCCGAAACCCUUUCACCCUCCAGUCGUCGUCCUUUCACCUUGCAGUUGUCGUGGCUUCCCUCGCCGUCCCUCGCCGUCCCCUUCGCCUUCCAAUCGCAGAACACCGUCAGGAGUGGUUCCAUUGCCGACUAGCAGUUCCCUCCUCCACGAGAUCGGGCCCGCAGCACCGUUUUUCGCUACCCUCCUCCCCAAGAGCGUUCCGUCACGGUGGCAGAGCUACCCUCCUCCACGAGUGCGUUCCGUCCCGUCGCCGAACACUAGCUCCCUCUUGAUUUUUGGGUUGUUUAUGGUAACAUCCACCAAUUUCUCCCUUUCAAUGCUACAGAUCUACAGAUAGAUGAUACUCUCGGUUUGUUCAAAAUAUUUGAGACUAGAAAUUAGCUUGUGACUUUUAGUUGAAGUAUUUUUGUUGAGAUUUCUACGUUUUUCUCUUACUUAGGUCUUCAAUUGCAUCCAUAGGGUUAGGGUUUUUGAUAGGAAAUAUGCGUCCAUUACCAUUGUAACCUAGGGCACGAUUUCUGAGUUACCCAUGAUUAUUCACCUCCGAAUGGGCAUGUUUAUUGUUAUUCUUGUGGGUUAUAAUUAUUCACCUCCGAAUGGGCAUGAUUAUUCACCUCCGAAUGCGAAUUUGUUAACUUAAACAAUCUGGGUUAUAAUUGUGAGUUUGGUAUGAGUAAGCUUAAUUGCUGAAGUUCAUCAAUUGGAGUCGUCUGGGUCAUUGGUUCUGUAGCAUUAUCAUUGUGAGUUUAGCUAGUUAUUGGUACCAAAUGUGCCAUUGUAUUUCUGUAAGUAAUUUCUGAUAUCAUAUGAGAAUUAAAAGAAAUAGAGUAGGCAAACUCGUCUGAGUGAAUAAUUAUAUGUUUUGGGGUUUGAAAGAACCUAAAUUAAUGUCUUUUUAGUGACUUAUAUAUUCCUUAGAAUUAUUUUUUGUUAUGUUUGAUGUCCUAGUGAUUGGCUUGAUUUGAAGCUUGGUUUGCUUGUUUAAUACAACAUGAUAAAUUUUAGUUGAGCUGAGCUCAUGCCAACAUAUAGAUUGAGCAUUGCAAUCAUACAUAGGGAUUUAGAGAGGGAAUGGGAGAAUCUGGGUGGAGAAUUCGGGUGGAGUUAUAUGUAUUAUAUAUUAUUAUUGGAGAAUCUGGAUUGAGUUUUCUUGGGUUACUUCCUGAAGACUUUUUUCCAUUCCUCUACUCCUUUGGACUACUUGUAAAAUAUUUAAGGUGCUGAAGUUGCAUGAUUAUCUUUUAUCUUAUCCCCAUUCUAGUUGUGGUAUCUCUCUUGUAUACGACCUGUCUACUUGGAAUAUGCAGUUUGAGGUUUUUAAUGAUUGUGGUUACUUAUCAAUCAGGAAAAAAUCCAGGUCGACUUCAUUUACCUUAAUUCUGUUUUAAUUUUUUUUUCCUGUUUCCGAGAACCCAGAUUAUUAUGCCUAUUUACAAAAACCGAAUGUAUUUGUAUAUGAACAGCAAUGUCUGAGUCACAUAGUGGAAAUAGUGAUUUGUCCAAAGGAAAGUCAAUAAUUGAGUACCCAAUUUGUUACUGUGGAAUGAAAGCUUGUCAAAGAACUGCGCAUACGGAGGAAAAUGAUGGGCGGCGGUUUUUUGGAUGUCAAAACUAUAUGUUUGGAAAGUCUUGUGGAUACUUCUGUUGGGAUGACCCUGAAAUUCCAGCAUAUUGCCAAAAGACGAUCAAACAAUUACAACACAAUGUUGAUAAAUUAAAAGUUGAAGUUGAAAAGAUCCAAGCAUCAAGGGAUAUCCAAUCCUUGAAUCAUCGACUAGAAAUAGAGGCUGAGAGGCGCAAGAGGCAACUGGAGAAGGCUACCUACGUGCUAACAAUUUCAUUGUCGUGGCUAUUCUUUCUUGGGAUACUUAUAUCCAAUUGUGGUUGGUCGAAAGGAAAAUGUUUCACCUAGUUUUAGAAGUUAGCAACUAGGAAAGUCUUUGUAGCUUUGUGAAAGCUGUUUGUGGCAGCUGGUUUUAGAUGGUAGCAGCUGUUUGUA